AUGGUGGUUACGGUGGAUGGUGGUGGCCAUGAUGAAUGGUUGGUCAAGACAGAAGAAGGUUGGUCAAGACAGAUUGUGGUCAAGACAGAAGAAGGUUGGUCAAGACAGAAGGGUGGUCAAGACAGAAGAAGGUUGGUCAAGACGGAAGGGUGGUCAAGACAGAUUGUGGUCAAGACAGAAGGUUGGUCAAGACAGAAGAAGGUUGGUCAAGACAGAAGAAGGUUGGUCAAGACGGAAGGGUGGUCAAGACAGAUUGUGGUCAAGACAGAAGGUUGGUCAAGACAGAAGAAGGUUGGUCAAGACAGAAGAAGGUUGGUCAAGACGGAAGGGUGGUCAAGACAGAUUGUUGUCAAGACAGAAGGUUGGUCAAGACAGAAGAAGGUUGGUCAAGACAGAAGAAGGUUGGUCAAGACAGAAGGCUGGUCAAGACAGAUUGUGGUCAAGACAGAUUGUGGUCAAGACAGAAGAAGGUUGGUCAAGACAGAUUGUGGUCAAGACAGAAGGUGGUCAAGACAGAAGGUGGUCAAGACAGAAGGUGGUCAAGACAGAAGGUGGUCAAGACAGAAGAAGGUUGGUCAAGACAGAAGAAGGUUGGUCAAGACGGAAGGUGGUCAAGACAGAAGAAGGUUGGUCAAGACAGAAGAAGGUUGGUCAAGACAGAAGGCUGGUCAAGACAGAUUGUGGUCAAGACAGAUUGUGGUCAAGACAGAAGAAGGUUGGUCAAGACAGAUUGUGGUCAAGACAGAUUGUGGUCAAGACAGAAGGUGGUCAAGACAGAAGGUGGUCAAGACAGAAGGUGGUCAAGACAGAAGGUGGUCAAGACAGAAGGUGGUCAAGACAGAAGGUGGUCAAGACAGAAGGUGGUCAAGACAGAAGAAGGUUGGUCAAGACAGAAGAAGGUUGGUCAAGACGGAAGGUGGUCAAGACAGAAGAAGGUUGGUCAAGACAGAAGAAGGUUGGUCAAGACAGAAGGCUGGUCAAGACAGAUUGUGGUCAAGACAGAUUGUGGUCAAGACAGAAGAAGGUUGGUCAAGACAGAUUGUGGUCAAGACAGAAGGUGGUCAAGACAGAAGGUGGUCAAGACAGAAGGUGGUCAAGACAGAAGGUGGUCAAGACAGAAGGUGGUCAAGACAGAAGGUGGUCAAGACAGAAGGGUGGUCAAGACAGAAGAAGGUUGGUCAAGACGGAAGGUUGGGGUUGGUCAAGACAGAUUGUGGUCAAGACAGAUUGUGGUCAAGACAGAUUGUGGUCAAGACAGAUUGUGGUCAAGACAGAAGAAGGUUGGUCAAGACAGAAGGUUGGUCAAGACAGAAGGUUGGUCAAGACAGAAGGUUGGUCAAGACAGACAAGGUGAAGAUGUAA